AUGGAGCUGUCCCAGCUACUCAAUGAGAUCAGGGCAAACUAUGAACAGCUCCUCACCAGAAAUCAGAUAGAGACCGUGCUCUCAACAAGGAUCCAGCUGGAGGAAGAUCUGAGCAAAAAGAUGGACAAAGAUGAAGAGGCUUUGAGGGCAGCUCAAGCAGAACUCAAGGAAGCCCGGCGCCAGUGGCACCACCUGCAAGUGGAAAUUGAAUCUCUCCAUGCUGUGGAACGGGGCCUCGAAAACUCCCUGCAGGCCAGUGAGCAGCAUUACCAGACGCAGCUGCAAGACCUGGAGGCCGUGAUUGAAGGCCUGGAGAGAGAGCUGCAGGAAGUAAGGUGCGGCAUCGAGAAGCAGCUGCAGGAGCAUGAGAUGCUCCUCAACACGAAGAUGAGGCUAGAACAAGAAAUAGCAACGUACCGCCGCCUCCUGGAAAAGGAAGAAAUCAGAUAUUAUGGUUGUAUCCAAGGAGGAAAAAAGGAGAAAAAACCUACAAGUAGAGUUGGUUUUGUUUUACCUUCAGCCAUUAUAAAUGAAAUCUCCUUUUCAACAAAAGUCCCACAAAAGUGUGAGAAUGAAAAAGUGGAAACAGUGACCAAACAGGCAAUAUUAAAUGGAAAUGUUGUGAAGGAGAGCACUGAAGCUCAUGGUACUAUUCAGACAGAGAAAGUGGAUGAAGUUAUUAAAGAAUGGGAAGGUUCCUUCUUUAAAGAUAACCCUCGGUUAAGGAAAAAAUCUGUUUCUCUUCGCUUCGAUCUUCAUUUAGCAGCCACGGAUGAAGGGUGUUUACAGACUAAACAGGAUAAUCUACCAGAUAUAGAAGUCAGGCUUAUCAUGAGGAGAUCAUGCAGUAUUCCCUCUAUCAAAUCUCCAUCAGCAGCUCAUUAA